GAAAAAGUCAACGACUAGUUAUAGCUUUGAGUGUUUUAUAAGUAUUAUAACUUGUUCAUCAUGUCUGGUCGUGGUAAAGGUGGAAAAGUUAAGGGAAAGGCAAAGUCCCGUUCUAACCGUGCCGGAUUACAGUUUCCAGUAGGUCGUAUCCACCGUUUGUUACGUAAGGGAAAUUAUGCAGAACGUGUAGGAGCCGGAGCACCCGUCUAUCUGGCGGCUGUAAUGGAAUAUUUGGCUGCUGAAGUUUUGGAAUUGGCCGGUAAUGCCGCACGUGACAAUAAAAAGACGAGAAUCAUCCCCCGUCAUCUUCAGUUGGCCAUCAGAAAUGACGAGGAGUUGAAUAAACUGCUUUCUGGAGUGACAAUCGCCCAAGGUGGUGUUCUACCAAACAUCCAAGCAAUUCUUUUACCCAAGAAGACAGAGAAGAAGACGUAAAUUCGUUUUUAAACAAACAAUCGGCCCUUUUCAGGGCCACGAAAUUAUUCUUUUGAAAAGAUUUUUUUAUCAUCUCUGUGUGAGUAAACAACUAUAAUAUAUUUCACUUUAAAAUUUUUAGGUUAGAAUCGAAGUCAUAUAUUAUAAAUUGAAUUUGAUGACUUUUGAAAUUUUCAACAUUAAAGAUCAAUAAUUAAAUUCAAUCAAUUUUUAUUAUUUAUAUUCGGAAGCAAUAGAAGAAAAUCCGUAAUAAAAAGCUUAUUUAUUUCUAAAUUUAAUUCUCCCCCGUCAUUUAUCAUGUGGAAGUUUUUAGGGAUGAAUCUUUGUUGGAAAAUAAAAUAGGGUCUUUCAUGUGAAAAAAAACCUUGGACCUUUCCUUGAAGAGUUACACGCUGCCAAAAAUUAUAGUUUUAAUUUUUUUUCUUGAAAUUACAAAUGACUUAAGGGAUGGCAUGUUUCACCAAUGAAAAUGCUACCUAUGAAGUUAUUUUUAAAGGAAUGAAAACCUAUUUCAAUUUCUAACAAAACUUUUUAGCGGAACAAAAUUUCUCAAUUUAAAAUUUAUUGCUUUCUAAUAAAAUAAUUAAAUAUACCUUUAUGCAUGGAUACGUUCAAGCACAAUGUUGUAUUUUUCUGCAAAUGGAAUCGGAAAAAUCUAGUGUGUGUAAGCUUGUUUAUUAGUAGAAAACGGUCAUAAAAUGCCACUGCUACUCUUCGGCAAUUUCAAGAGAAAUAUGAAAAUAAUUUUUUUCUAAUUUUUAUAAUUAUAUGGAGAACAUCCCAAGUUAUGCAAUGGAUGAAUCAACCACAAAUUGAAAAAAGAACUAAAUAUCAAUGAAACUGUAAAACAUAUAUAUAGUAUAGGAGGCAACAUCAGACAUUAGUAGAGGAAUAAUACCGGAUUGCUUCUACAUGUGAAAAAACGAAAAGCAGAUGAAUCAGAAAUGGGAAGACUAAAUCAUCAACAAUAUAUUGAGACAAGAAAAAAAAUCACAUAAACAACCUUAUGGCUGAAGACCAUUCAAUAUGGAAUGUAACAAGUUAUUUCCACUAUUGAAAUCCUAGUUAAGUGAUAGGUUUUUUUAGGUGAAGGUAGAACAUACAUAAUCAAACCCCAGAAGGUAUGUAUUGGGCCCCAACAUUUUUAUAGGAUCUUUUACUGACGAUAGAGCCAAAUCAUCAAACAUCGACCCAAUACAGCAUCUUAUAUCCAAUUGCACUUGAACUUACUACGUUACUACACGAGUGGUUUAUAAAGUGGAGGAUCAAAGUCAACAAUAGCGAGUAUAAACACAUUACUCUCACUUUAAAAACGUACACUUCCCCUCAAGAGGAUAUAACCAGAUCCUUAUGUGGUUAGAACUCAGUAAGCCGCCGAGGGAUGCUCACUAACUCGAACUAAGAUCACCCAAAAUAUUAUUUGCUUAUAAAUUGAAUUUUCAUUAAAUAAUUCUGUAUAACAUAAUUGUUUUCACUAAUUUAUUUUAUGAAAUUCACAAUAUUUAGAUCUUGCUUUUACUUUUAUAUAUUUCAUCAUAUACAUUCUAGCUCAAAGUCAAGUUCCAGUUUCUAUUACCAAUAAUGUAUUUAUAUGAAUCAAUUUGUUAUACUACUAAUUCAAUAACAUGUUAUUAAUUAUUGACUGCUAUCAUCUACAAUAAUAAUUUCCUAUUAAAUCAAAAGCAACAAUGCUAAAAUAUCUAAUAUAGAAUAUUAUGCAACAAAUUUCUCGAAAUAAAUAUUUAUAUUUUGAAAAAAAUUCCUGGCAUAUAUAAAUAUAUUUUUCUCAAUAAUAUACAUAUGCACUUAUUUCUAAUGUACUAUACAUGUUAGAAAUUUAAGGACUAAAUUAUAAACCAUCUAGUUACAAUUCUAUUAAAAUAUCACGAUACUCACCUAACAUUAACAGAAGGAUUAGAUGUUUUCGUCUUAAUGACUAACUAACAACUAAUUAAUGAAUGUACAACUAAUAGAAUGAGUAAUGUAGAAUUGAAAAACACUACAAAUAUUAUAUAAGGUUAAAUUAUAAAAAUU